AUGCCCAUCAUACCCAUACACCCAUCAUCAUCAUCAUCAUCAUCAUCUCCAUCAUCUCGAUCAUCUCCAUCAUCUCCCAUCAUCCCCAUCAUCCCCAUCAUCCCCAUCAUCCCCAUCAUCCCCUUCAUCCCUAUCACCCCCACAUCCCCAUCAUCCAUCCCCAUCAUCCCCCCAUCCCCAUCAUCCCCAUCAUCCCAUCAUCCCAUCAUCCCCAUCAUCCCAUCAUCCCCAUCAUCCCAUCAUCAUCAUCCCAUCAUCAUCCCAUCAUCUCCAUCACCCCCUCACCCCCAUCAUCCCCAUCAUCCCCAUCAUCCCCAUCAUCCCCAUCAUCUCCAUCAUCUCCAUCAGCCCCUCAUCAUCCCCAUCAUCCCCAUCAUCUCCAUCAUCCCAUCAUCCCCAUCAUCCCCAUCAUCUCCAUCAUCCGAUCAUCUCCAUCAUCCCAUCAUCCCCAUCACCCAUCAUCCAUCAUCACCCCCUUCAUCAUCCCAUCAUCCCCAUCACCCCCAUCAUCCCCAUCAUCCCCAUCAUCCCCAUCAUCUCCAUCAUCUCCAUCACCCCCUUCAUCCCCAUCACCCCCAUCAUCUCCAUCAUCUCCAUCAUCCCCAUUACACCCAUCAUCCCCAUCAUCCCCAUCACCCCCUUCAUCCCCAUCAUCUCCAUCAUCCCCAUCACACCAAUCAUUUCCAUCAUCUCCAUCACCCCCUUCAUCCCCAUCACCCUCAUCUCAUCCCUAUCACCCCUAUCAUCCCUUUUCAGUUUUUUUCGGGUUAUUAA